AUGUCACUCCAGAUCAAUCUCUCCAGUAGAGAUAUCCUCGAAGCCUAUCAAAAGGUUCUAAACUCGCAAGGAAUCGACUGGGCGAUCUUUACCUACGAAGGUGGAACGAACGACCUCAAGGUUCAGGCUACAGGCGAUGGCGGACUUGAGGAGCUAGAGGAGGAGUUCCAUGAUGGAAGGGUGCAAUACGCCUUUGCGAGGGUAACCGAACCACACAGCCAACUCCCCAAAUUCGUUCAAAUCAAUUGGUGUGGAGAUGGUGUACCUGAAGCAAAGAAAGGGUUGUUUCAUACCCAUUCCCAAGCGGUCGCAAGGUUUUUGAAAGGCACACACGUCGUCAUCAGUGCUCGUAACGAGGGAGAUGUCACACCCGAGUUGAUCAUGUCGCGUGUUGAAGCAGCCUCUGGUGCAAAGUACUCCAUUCAGAAGGAAGCGCCUCGCAAAUUCGAGCCUAUCGCUCCAGUGGGUACCAACUACAAGCCCGUUGGGAAGGUCGACAUCGCCGCUCUGAGGAAAGGGCCAACCCCAACUCCUCCAGCGAAGCCCGCACCCCCACCUGCAUCGUCUAGACCUGCGUUCAGCGCCGGACGACCCAUUGCGUCCGCCGGUUCGCUGUAUGGUAAAGCUGCUGCUUCUGCCCCUGCAGGUGCAUGGGAAGAGGAGAAGAAGCCCGCUGCAACACCUCCGCCUGCAGCGCCUCCUCUCCCUACUACAAGCCGGCCCCCGACUUUGCCCACCACUUCACGGCCUGCUUUCAGCGCGAUGCGGCCUGGAGGUAGCCCUGCUGCCGCUGCUCGAAGCGUCCCUCCUGCGCCAGCCCCCGCCGCGCCUUCACCGCCUCCUGCUGCACCCGCUGCUCCCACCCCUGUAGCAUCUUCGAACGUCCCCACCAAACCGGCCGAAGAGGAUCGGAUUGAGCCACUCAAGAGUUCUUAUACCCCCGUCUCUCUCCCUGCUCCCAAGAAGCUCAAGAACCCCUUCGCCGCGUUUGAGCAGCAGCAACAACAGGAACAAUCGCGAGCCCCUGCCCCCUCUCCUUCGGGUAAAAAAUUGACUUGGAGCGAGCGUCAGGCUUUGGCGAAGAAGCAGCAAGAGGAGGAAGAAGCGCGCAGCCGCUCCGCCAGCAGCUUCACGCCAACUACUCCGGUUGCUACCAUCUCCAAACCCGCCUUUGGCCGUGCCACUGUUACCCAGAGCGGGCCGAGGAACUUUGGGGCUGGUACAGCUGUUGCUGCGGGUGUUGGUGCAGCAGCAGUUGGAGUCGGCGCUGGAGUUGCUGCCUCUCGAUGGGGUGCCAAGAGAGAGCCCACUCCGCCACCUCAAGAGCCUGAACCUGAACCUGAGCCUGAGCCAGCGGCAGAGCCUGAAUGGGAACCUGAGCCAGAGGUUGCUGCUCCUCCCCCGCCGCCACCUCCGCCACCUCCACCUCCUCGUGCCGUUGAGCCAGAACCAGAGCCAGAACCAGAACCAGAACCGCAAUUCGAAGCUCCGCCGCCACCUCCUCCUCCCCCUCCUCCCCCGCCACCCGCACCACCCGCUCCGCCUGCAAUGGCUCAUGUAGAGCCUGAGCCUCAAUUCGAGGCCCCUCCACCUCCACCUCCGCCGCCUCCUCCGCCUCCUCCUGCACCUCCUGCACCUCCCGUGACACAGGUUGCUGCCCUUUCGAUCUCGGAGCCGGAGCCCGAACCCGAGCCAGAGCCAGAGCCAGCCGCAGAACAAGAGUACCAAGGAACUGUCGCUGUUGUUCUGUAUGAAUAUGAGGCUACGGAAGACAAUGAGAUGAAUUUGGUAGAGGGCGAAUAUAUCGAGCAGAUCGAAGAGAUCGAUGAAGGUUGGUGGACAGGUGUGGGUGCUGGAGGAAAGACCGGAUUGUUCCCAGCCAACUACGUCGAAAUCGUUAGGCGUGCCGAAGAGGCGGGGGAAGCAGCUCCUCCCCCACCUCCCCCUCCCCCUCCGCCACCACCUGCUCCUGCCGCACCAGUUGCGCCACCCCCACCGCCUCGUGAACCCACUCCCGAACCCGAGGACGUAGGCAUUGUCGCGAUCGCGCUUUACGAUUAUGACGCCGCCGAGGACAAUGAAAUAUCUUUCAGGGAGGGCGAGAGAAUCACUGAGAUCGAGCCAGCUUCAGAGGAUUGGUGGCAAGGAAAGAACCCUGCUGGAGAGAUUGGAUUGUUCCCAGCCAACUAUGUGGAAGUUCAAGAGUAA